AUGAGGGGGAGUUCGGUGGGGUUGUGCUUCCUUGCUUUGACUAUAGCCCAUGUCACUGAGAUCCAAGCCAGAUUGGUCCGUAACCAUGUGAGCAGCAUCUGUAGCACAUGGGGCAGGGAGCACUUCAAGACGUUCGAUGGUGAUGUGUACCAGUUUCCUGGCAUGUGUGAAUACAACCUGGUCUCCGACUGCCAUGACACCUUCCCAGAGUUCUCUGUGCACAUGAAGAGGAAUGAAAAUGAUGGAAACCCGACAGUCAGUUAUGUGGUGGUCACCAUCACCGAUUUUGCAUUUCACCUCAGCAAGGAUGUGGUCACUGUGAACGACCUGCCUGUCAAACUGCCACACUACGAGGCCGGAGUACAAGUGGAAAGAAAUGCAGUCUACAUCAAGCUCCAGUCCAAAGUUGGCAUCAUUGUCAUGUGGAACCUUGAUGAUGCAGUCAUGGUGGAAAUUGAUAAUGAUUACACUAACCGCACUUGUGGACUUUGUGGAGAUUUUAACGGUGUUCCAGUUUACAACGAGUUCCUCCUUUAUGGUCGGAAAAUCAGCCCCAUUGAGUUUGGCAACAUACAUAAAGUCCAUCGUCCAAAUGAUGAUUGUGAGGACCCAUAUGAAGAGGAAGAUGUCUCACAGGAAGCUAUGAAUGUGCCAGAGUCAUGCAAAGAGUUUCAAAACACCUGUGAAGAGAUGCUGCAUGCAGAAACCUGGAGCUCCUGUACCAAACUGAUUGACCCCGAGCCUUACAUUCAGGCCUGUGUGCAGGACAUGUGUGGCUGUACCAACCAUUCAGAUGACUUUUGUGUCUGCAGCACACUCUCUGAGUUCUCUCGACAGUGUUCCCAUGCAGGAGGGGAGCCUCCCAACUGGAGGACUUCUGAGUUCUGUGCCAAACAGUGCCCAUUCAACAUGGUUUAUGAAGAGAGUGGAUCCCCUUGUGUGGAUACCUGCACGCAUCAAGACACAAGCUCAUUCUGUGAGGACCACAAAAUGGACGGCUGCUUCUGUCCUCCUGGAACCGUGUUCGAUGACAUUUCCAUGAGGGGGUGUAUUGCUCAGUCUGAAUGCCAGUGCAAGCAUGGAAAAAUCUAUGAAUCUGGUGAAGUUUACAGACAGGAGCGAGAGGAAUGCACGUGUUUUGAAGGUAGAUGGGCUUGUGAAAGUCUUUCAACACCUUCUACGUGUGCGGUUGAAGAAGGUUCACAUGUAACCACCUUUGAUGGGAAAGACUUCACCUUCCAUGGAGACUGUUACUACACCCUGGCAAAGGUGGAAAGAAAGGAUGAUGCAAGCCCUACGUUUACCAUUCUGGUCAAACUGGUACCAUGUGCACACCAAGAGUAUGACACCUGUCUGAAGACCAUCAAAAUCCUGCUGAACAAUGACAGACACAAUGUGUUAACAUUCACUGCUGAUGGCGCAGUAAAGCAGAAUAUGCAGAGUAUCAGUUUGCCGUACUUCUCAGGGGAUAUCAGUAUAUUCCACGCUUCGUCCUUUCACAUCAUCCUCCAGACCAGUUUUGGUUUGCAAAUUCAGAUCCAACAUGUGCCUCUCAUGCAAGUCUAUGUCAGCCUGGAGCAGAGUUACAGAGAAAAGACACGUGGUUUAUGUGGGAACUACAACAUGGUCCUGUCUGAUGACAUGAACACUCGUCAGGGCAUUGUGGAGGGAAGUGCAGCAGCUUUUAGUAACUCCUGGAAGGCUAGCCAUAUAUGCCAAGACAGAGAAGACAGGCUCGAUGACCCUUGUUCUUUCAGCGUGGAAAAUGAAAAGUAUGCCAAUCACUGGUGUGCCUUGCUACGACAGCCAAAUAGCACGUUUGCAGAGUGCCAUUCUGUUGUGGAUCCUGAGAUUUACUACAAGCGAUGUACUUAUGCUAGCUGUAACUGUGAGAAGAGCGAGGACUGCCUGUGUGCUGUCUUCUCCUCCUACACAAGAGCUUGUGCAUCAAAGGGAGUGUUCUUGACAGACUGGAGAGAGAAUGUGUGCGAAAAAUACACCAAGAACUGCCCAGCAUCUCAGACCUUCUCUUACAAAAAUCAGAGAUGCCAGCUGACUUGCAGCUCAUUGAGCUUAAAGCAGCAGAGCUGCACCUCUGAUUUCUUGCCUGUGGAUGGCUGUUCCUGCGCUGAGGGUCACUACCUAGAUGACAACGGCAUCUGUGUCCCAGUGGCAAAGUGUCCCUGUUACCAUAAUGAAGUCUACGUAAAGUCCGGCAAGUCCAUCAGCACCAACAACGAGCGCUGGAUGCCACAGAGUGUGAAUCUGGUUGUCGGUGUCCCAGUGGCCUCCUUGAUGAUGAACAACUGUGGGAAUAAAACGGUGCACAACAGCUUUGGAGUUAUCACUGAAAAUGUACCUUGUGGCUCUACGGGCACCACCUGCUCUAAAAGAGUCAGAAUUCAACUGGGGAGAAAUGAAAUUAAACUAUCAAGGGGAAGAGUUGAAGAGGAUGAUCUGGGACAUGGACCUCAGAUCGAGUACAAGAUAAGGAAUGUUGGCUUGUAUGUGGUUGUAGAAUCUGAGAUUGGGAUGGCAGUGAUGUGGGAUCGUAAAACAGCUGUUCGGAUCCUGCUUGAACCAACGCACAGCGGAGAGGUGUGUGGCCUGUGUGGUAAUUUCGAUGGUGAUGGACAGAAUGACUAUACCACUCAGGGUCAGCUGGUGGUGAGCAAUCUACUUGAGUUUGCAAACAGCUGGAAAGUGUCUAGCUCUUGUCCAGAUGCGGAGGUGAACAUUGAUCCGUGCGCAGUAACACCCGGUCGACAUCAGUGGGCAAAGUUGAUGUGUAGCAUCAUAAUUGGAGAAACAUUUAAAGAAUGCCACAAAAAGGUUAGCCCUUUUCCAUUUUAUGAAAACUGCGUAAAAGACUCAUGUGCCUGCGACACUGGAGGAGACUGUGAAUGUUUCUGCACAGCAGUUGCAGCUUACGCUCAGGCUUGCAAUGAGCAUGAUGUUUGCAUUGCAUGGAGAACUCCAGAGAUCUGUCGUGAGUAA